UAUUUUUUUGUUAUCACCUACCUACCUGAAAAAAAUGGAAAAUGUGAGACGAGAGUUUUAAUUGUCUUCACAAAUUCACCGGUAUAAUUCAACUGAAAUACUCGAUGUAAUUUGAUAAAUACUGCCGCAAAUAUCUAUAUUAGCCAUGUUGACGCGAUUAGCGGCGGUGCAGCAAACAACGUCUCGGCUACCCGGUGGAUUGUUGAGUAACUUACGGAGAUUCAAUGGCCAAACCGACUUCCAAGAUGACGAGUUUCGAGUCUUUGACGUGCGAAAUCGAAAAAGGAAAGAAAGCGCGACCGAUGCGAAAUACAUCAGACCUCCUAUGCCUCCUGCCAGAGAAUUACGAAUGCCGACCGAUCAAGAUUGGAGCAACGUAUGGCCCGGUCCGAGAACAUUUCACCCGGCUUCGGUUCCUUUGCCGCUGAAGCAGGGAUUCGACCGCAGGCGUAAACGUACCCCUCCUGGCAAGUACGCCAACGCCGAAUUAAUGAAAUUACCCAACUUCUUGCACUUGACGCCUCCGGCCGUUAAGAAGCACUGCAAUGCGUUGCGUAAGUUUUGUACUCCGUGGCCUAGCGCUUUACUGGACGACGAAAAAAUCGAAAAGCAUUUCCCUGUGCGGGUCAUUUCCACCGAUUAUUGUCAUUCGUCACCCAAAAUACGAGAUCCCAAAGCCAGAGUGGUUACGUUUCAAUUCCGAUUGUCGCAUUUAUCCUUGGAUUCGCAUUCUAAAGAUAAAAUUCGACGCUUGCUAGGCGACCGUCACAACGAGGAAACCGACGUCGUCACCUUGGUAGCCGAUCGAUGUCCGCUGCGUAAGCAAAAUUACGAUUACAAUCAGUAUCUGUUGCUGGCGCUGUAUUACGAAUCGUGGAUGACUGAAAAUUGGGAAUCGGAAAAAGUAGAAGAAGACAUGGAAUCGUACGACUGGAAUAGAAGUCGCUCUCGCCAAGCGCUUCUUGCUUACGUGGAAUGGUGUAAGCGUAGAAACGGCGACGGUACCGCUGAUGCUGCCAGCAGCUCCUCGAGUGAGGAUCACGUCAGCCAAGACUUUGACGAGUAUAAAAACGCAGUUGACGACUUAUUCAACAAAGGCGAAACGAUUCAUAAUAUAUUUAAAUAUAAAGAAAGCGUGCUGAAGAUUGUAUUUUGAAAUAAACGGAGAAAAGGACGAAAGAUCCUCGACGACCGAAUAUUCACGCUGCUUCGGAUGGUUCACAAUCUACAUACAAUCGCCUUACGUGACGUAAUUCGAUAUUCGUAAAAACAAUCAAGUGGUCGACUCGAACGAUUAAUGAAUAUCGCCUGUUACGAGCUGGCCUCAUCUGUCACUCAAAAAAGGCUGUUUAGCUCGCGAAUACGUCCUUAAAUAAUAUGUAAUUUCUAUUCGAAAAUAUGUAGUUGAUAGAUCGAUAACUGUAUGCAUUAGUGAUGGUGUUCCUUUGGAAAUAAAUUGACACCUAAAUAAAAAUUUAUUUUACUUUUUGUAAAAGAAA